CGCGCUCAGAUUACGUAAAGCAUUUAGCGACCUAGCCAACGUUAGUAGCUAAUUGCUAAGAUAAUGGCGACCAAAUGACAGUUGAGCUGUCGGAUAGAUAAGGAAUACUUUGUUGAAAACGCGUUUUUGUGUUAAACGUCAAGCUAAAAACACAUCAUAUUCUUGUUGAAAACAUACAGCAGCUUUUUGACUACACAGGCGUUUAGUAGCAUUGCUUUCACGCCCACGUUUGAUGGUGAACAGCCUCAUGAACCUUUAUUUCUGUGUUAUUACGGGUCUUGUUUCGGUUUCGUUCAGCCUGCAGUGCGUCAACAGCUGUCUUCGGCGAAAGCGGCUCUUUCAGAAGAGGAUUUUGGAGUUUAUUACGAGGACAUCGCUGGAUCAACAUGCUUGAGGACUGUUUUAAGAUAUAACCACUUCGCUCUUGCUGGCUUGUUGAAUGUACCGUUCAGUCAUGUGAUUACGGCAUUGGGUUUAGUGGAGGAGUGGAUUGGAGUCAAACGCCGCCGCCGCCGCUGUCAGUGACAUUGAGCUCGUGAAAAUACUCUUUACUGGAACUGUGACUAGGAUACCGGUGAUCCUGCCAAGCUGAAUUAAACACACCGAAUGUGCUGCUGGAGUUUGUUUCCGGAUAUUUCACGGCUUUAGACAUGUUUGAGCCGCGUUGAGUUCAGUCUCGUGGAUGAGAGGAGUCUGGAGUCUGUGACAUUGGUCUCGUGGAAGUCGUGACUGUGAUAUUAGUGUCUGUUAUGGAUUAUAAAAUGAUCAAAAGACUCUGAUUUGAGUUUUCAGCGAUCAGUGUAGGUGAUCGGUCACUGAUAAAGCAAAUGCUGGGCAGCUGAUAGGGCUCAUUUGAUCUUCACGAUUUUAUAAAAGCUACUACACGCACUGUCAGUGAGAUGUCUCUGGUUUUCCCACGACCCAAUACCAGUGUGAUCGGCAAGAAGGACAAGCGACUCAUGGCUGAGGUGAACGCCUCCCCGCUCAAACACUUCGUCACCGCUAAGAAGAAGAUCAACGGCAUCUUUGAACAGCUGGGUGCCUACAUCAAAGAAAGCUCAGCCUUUCUGGAAGAAACCCACAGCAAUGAGGAACUGGAUCCUGUUACUACAGAGGAGCAGGUGGCGGAGGUGCGAGGUUACCUGUCCAAAGUGGCAGGGAUUGGGGAGGUUCUGUCCCGCAGACACAUGAAGGUCGUCUUCUUCGGCAGGACAAGUAAUGGAAAGAGCUCCGUCAUUAACGCCAUGCUCUGGGACAAAGUGCUGCCGUCUGGAAUCGGACACACCACCAACUGCUUCCUACGAGUGGAAGGCACCGAUGGCAACGAGGCUUUCCUGCUCACAGAGGGAUCGGAUGAAAGAAAGAGCGUUAAAACGGUGAACCAGUUGGCCCACGCCUUACAUCAGGAUGAGGAUUUGGACGCAGGCAGUCUGGUGUGUGUCAUGUGGCCGAAAGCGAAGUGUGCGCUGCUGCGUGAUGACCUGGUGCUUGUGGACAGCCCUGGCAUCGAUGUCACAACAGAGUUGGACAGCUGGAUCGACAAAUUCUGCCUUGAUGCUGACGUUUUUGUGCUGGUGGCCAAUUCAGAGUCCACUUUAAUGCAAACAGAAAAGUCAUUCUUUCACAAAGUGAACGAGCGCCUCUCCAGCCCCAAUAUUUUCAUCCUGAACAACCGCUGGGACGCCUCCGCCAACGAGCCCGAGUACAUGGAAGAGGUGAGACGGCAGCACAUGGACCGCUGCACUAGUUUUUUAGUGGAUGAGCUGCGGGUGGUGGAUCGCGCUCAGGCCAGUGAUCGGAUCUUCUUCGUCUCUGCUAAAGAAGUUCUUCAGGCGCGUGUCCAGAAAGCCCAGGGCAUGCCUGAAGCAGGUGGUGCUCUGGCUGAAGGUUUUCAGGCGAGAAUGUUUGAGUUUCAGAACUUUGAGAGACGUUUUGAGGAGUGCAUCUCACAGUCAGCAGUAAAGACAAAGUUCGAGCAGCACACGAUGAGAGCCAAGCAGAUUUCUGAAGCUCUGCGUCUGAUAAUGGACUCUGUGCACGUUUCAGCUCAAGAGCAGAGGAUUCAUUGUUUGGAGAUGAAAGAGGAGAGGGAGGACAGGCUGGAGUUCAUCGAUAAACAGCUGGAUCUACUCACUCAGGACUGCAAGAGCAAAAUCAAGAAGAUCACAGAGGAGGUGGAGAAACAGGUAUCUAACGCUAUGGCAGAGGAGAUCCGGAGACUGGCCGUGCUAGUGGACGACUUCAACUUGGACUUUCAUCCUUCACAAGUGGUGCUUAAAGUAUACAAGAAUGAGCUGCACAAGCACAUAGAGGAAGGUCUUGGCAGGAAUAUGUCCGAGAGAUGCUCCAGUGCGAUAACUGCAGCGCUGCAAACCACACAGACUGAAAUGAUAGAUGGUCUGAAGCCCCUGCUGCCCAUCGGGAUUCGAGAGCAGGUGGAUAAGAUGGUGCCCAGACAGUGCUUUGCUCUCAGCUACGACCUCAACUGUGACAAACUCUGCAGUGACUUCCAGGAAGACAUCAGCUUCCACUUCUCCCUGGGCUGGACCAUGCUGGUCAACCGCUUCCUGGGUCCCAAAAACACACGCCGCGCUCUCAUGGGAUACAAUGACCAGGUUCCCAGGCCUCUGGCAAUCACUCCGGUCAGCACCAGUAUGCCUCCUUUCCCUCAAGGAUCCAUGACCCAGGAAGAGCUUAUGGUUUCCAUGGUAACAGGACUGGCAUCACUCACCUCUCGAACAUCAAUGGGCAUUAUAGUCGUAGGCGGAGUGAUCUGGAAGGCAGUGGGCUGGAGGCUCAUUGCUCUGUCUGUGGGUCUGUACGGGCUGCUGUACGUCUAUGAGAGACUCACUUGGACCACAAGGGCCAAAGAGAGAGCUUUUAAAAGACAGUUUGUGGAUUACGCCAGCGAGAAACUACAGCUCAUUGUCAGCUACACGGGAUCCAACUGCAGCCAUCAGGUUCAGCAGGAGCUGGCCAGCACUUUCUCUCAGCUGUGUCAGCAGGUGGACGUGACCAGACAGCAGCUGGAGGAUGAAAUUCGGGAUUUGAACAGCAAGAUUGAACAGUUGGACACCCUGCAGAGUAAAGCCAAACUGCUCAGGAAUAAAGCCGGCUGGCUGGACAGUGAACUCAACAUGUUUAUCCAGCAAUACCUUCAGCAGGGCCGAUAGAGAUCCGUCUGAACACUACGAGCUCCCCACUGCUGCACUUUUAAUAUCCAUUGCAGAUAAUCUAACACCCUACCACGCUUUCAACCAUUCAUUUGAGCACAUCAGAUAUUGCUCAUCACAUAUUUCUUUUUUUUUU